GUUGAAGAGUAAGCUUGUAGGAUUAACUCUUCUCAAGUUUUUGGACGGAGACUAAAGUUUCAAAAUCUCCAUCUCUAAUUCUCCAUGGUUGUUUGGCUUUCUCUUCGUGUCGUCGCUAGUGAUUGGCUCUUUGACUUCGUCAGUGCGCUGAGGAGUAAGCUUGUAGGAUUCAUUCUUCUCAAGUUUUUGGACGGAGACUAAAGUUUCAAAAUCUCCAUCAGCAAUUCUCCAUGUUUGUUUCGCUUUCUCUUCGUGUCGUCGCUAGUGUUGUAGUGAUUGGCUCUUUGACUUCGUCAGUGCGUUGAGGAGUAAGCCUUCUCAAGAUUUUGGACAGAGACUAAGUUGCCUAAUCUCCAUCUCCAAUCCUACACGUUGUGUGUUACUGUUCUCUGUUCUUUGCUCUUGUUGUGGCCUUUAACUUAGUCCGUGGUGGUCUGGUAAUGGUUGAUUCAGAUAAUUGUGUCGACUAGUAAACAAGAUGUUGGAUAAUUGCAUGUAUGACAUGAUAUGUGACUGUGCAAUCAGUAUAAUUUCGUGACAUGAGAAUCAAACUUUUUAUCAAAAGACCAAAGUUAUGAUUGUCUGUAUCUAGGCCAAUUGAUCAUUAAUAUUAACAUAAGCUAGGCGUACUGUGGUGAGCGGAGAGAGUCUUCAUUUGAUGCACGUUCAAUAAUGUACAGCGGAUACUGUUAAUGGAAAAGGAAGAUAAAAAGCUGUGAAGGACUCUAUGUAUUUCCGUACUUCUUUUGCAUUGACCGGACGAGCAGAAUAACAAGAUGAAACGUGACCUCAAUUGAUAGAUGACAGCAUGCCAAACAUACAUACACAAGUGAAUACUUGAGUUGGUUCAAUUUUCAAAUGUCUGACAUAAGUUAAUCAUGGCGAAAGAACGAACGCUUCAAAUUAUUCAUGAGAAUUUGUAGUGAAAGGGUCGAGACAUCAAAAAUAGUUUCGAAUCGGAUUAUCUGCAGAUGGAAGACUGCAUGACAGCUUCGAAAGUGGUUAGAAUUGGAAUAUAUGUGGUGACGAAUCAUAAGCUUCAAGAAUUGGAUUAGACAGGACAGGCUUUGUGUAACUUUAUCAUUAUGAGAAAAUACAAACUGAAUUGGAUUAAGUUUCUUCAGCAAGUCCUGGCGUCUUGGAUUCUUCUAAGGGAUGUGGUUUCAUCGGAAACCGUGUACGUAUCGGAGGAGACCCAGGACCGUCGAAUCAGUGAGGAACUUGCCCUUUGUGUCCAAAGGAUCAGGUCUGAGGAGUCGCCUGCGGACGGCGAUGUCUACUGUGACCUGACGUGGGAUGGAUUAGUCUGCUGGGGCUACACGCCAGCAGGCACUACAGCGAGCAAGAGCUGUCCAGACUAUGUCAAUAAAUUUGACCCCGGGGCCAAAGCCACACGAAUAUGCAUGCCAGACGGAAAGUGGUACGAACAUCCCAGUUUCAACAAGACUUGGACCAAUUUUACAGAAUGUUACGCAGACGUCAACAACAAUAAGGAGACGAAUAUAUCAGAUUUUAUGAAAUAUCAUAUGGCCAACAUCCGGCUAAUGACGGACGUGGGGUAUGGUAUCUCCCUCAUAUCACUUAUAACGGCUGUCAUUAUUAUGUUGGCAUUCAGGCGGCUCCACUGUGCCCGUAACACUAUCCACGUCCACCUGUUCUUCUCCUUUAUCUUCCGUUCAUCCAUGUCACUCAUGAAAGACAACCUACUGGUGGAGGGUCUGGGAUUCCCCUCUGACGUCACUUACACAGCCACAGGGAAUCUCCUGUUCCUAUCGGACAGAUCGCACUGGGAAUGCAAACUCUUUUUCACUGUGUUCAACUACUCUCUGAUUGUGAACUAUGCGUGGAUCCUGGUGGAAGGAUGCUAUCUCCACACGCUUCUCUAUGUUGUUGUCUACACCGAAAAUAGCAGCAUAUUGUGGUUCGUCUUGGCAGGCUGGGCUCUUCCUCUUUUAUCCAUAUUACCUUGGGUCAUCGUGAGAGCAGAACUAGAAGAUAAAUUCUGCUGGAAUGUCCACCAUAAUGUCGGCUACUUCUGGAUUCUGAAAGGACCAAUCGUUUUAACAAUUGUGAUCAACUUCGUCUUCUUCAUUCGCAUCGUCCGUAUUCUGUUUACAAAAUUAGUUGCUGCUAACAACCAGGAGGCGAGAAAGUUCAGGUACAGACCGAAUGGCAUGAAACUGGCCAAAUCUACACUGGUGCUGAUCCCCCUCUUCGGUGUCCAUUACAUCAUCUUCAUCGGUUUGCCGGAGAAGUUCGACGAGCGGGCCGAGGUGACCAAGCUCUACUUCGAGCUGUUCUUCAACUCAUUUCAGGGUUUAUUCGUAGCUACGCUCUUCUGCUUCAUGAACGGCGAAGUGAAGGCAGAAAUCUUGAAGAAGUGGCAAAGAUAUCAACUGCAGCGUACCGGUGGCAAUUUGAACUUUUCACAUUCAAUGAAAAUGAGUACCUACUCUACUUACGUACAACGGCACAAGAACUCUCCCACUGGAUCUCAGAAUGACAAGGCAGACUUGACGGCGCAGCAGCAUAACGGACACACCACCAGUAUGACACCGCCAUUGCUGGGCGGACAGACAACGAAUAAUUACUAUAGCAAUUGAUUAUGCAAAUGAAUUGGUUGUCAGAGGAAUAGACGGUCACAGGUGGGAUAUUGCAAGAGGCUGAUUUGUAAUUCAGGUUUGACAAAAUUAUCAUAGAAAAUGUAAAUAUGCGAGGAAUAAAGAUCAUACACUCCGCUUCGAACUUUUGAAAGCGAACCUGACGCAUUAGAGAUGCUGGAAUUGAGGGGACCAGGUAUCAGGCUGUUCUGUCGUCUGUGUACGUGUCGAUGCAUAGCCUACUGUACCUGGCUUGCGCACAUGCUUCACUUCAAGACUUUUAUGUGACGCAAGAUGAUUCGAUCGCCAACAGCAUGACCAGUCAUUAAAUUUCUAUCUACCAUUAGCUAAAGCACGUGACAUUUGAGGACGUUUGUGUGACAUAUCCAGAACAUCGCUUGCCUUCCGACAAAGGUCCGUCUCAUGCACUUUUAGGACGGAGCGUAAAUUCUGUAAGUACAGGAUGGGCAGUACCAGGCCAGAAGCAGGUAAUUUACGUAACUGUAUUAUCAUGACCAUUGGUAUCAGUUCGGAAAUACACAGAACGAACUAGAUUUUGCUAUAGCAAAUGUAAUAUUUCAUACAAGUCGUAUCAGCCUACAAGUAAGCAGACUCUUACUUUGGGUAACGCGUUUUGUGUUCUAAUGUAAUACUUUCAGCAUAAGGUUGUUGUAAAUUAUCUCUAUUUUGUAAUUAAAAAGCCAUCGAUUAAAACAAUUUUCACGUGUC